AAUGGUAGUAAAACGUCUGCUAGAACCAAAAACAAAAGGUGUGUUUGAAUUAGACACAUUUGCUUUCUUCUUAUGAAGUGAUUAAUGUUAGAAAAUGGUAUUUACCACAUUUUUCUUAACCUUACUCGUUAUAGGACUAGCCUCUAAAAUCAUUCGACAUUGGUCUAUAGAAAAAUCUCCAUCUUUGCACAAGAAAAAUGUCCUCCCUCCUGGUCCACCAAGGUGGCCUAUUGUUGGUAACCUUCUCCAAUUAGGACAACUCCCUCAUAGAGACUUUGCAUCUUUAUGUGAUAAAUACGGACCCUUGGUUUAUUUGAAAUUGGGAAAUAUUGAUGUUAUUACUACUAAUGAUCCUGAUAUUAUACGUGAAAUACUUGUUUCUCAAGAUGAUAUUUUUGCCUCUCGUCCGCGCACUCUUGCCGCAGUUCAUUUAGCAUAUGGAUGUGGUGAUGUUGCCUUGGCCCCUUUAGGGCCUCAUUGGAAACGUAUGAGAAGAAUUUGCAUGGAACAUUUACUAACUACAAAGAGGCUCGAAUCUUUCUCAAAACAUCGCCAAGAGGAAGCUCAACACCUUGUUAAAGAUGUUUGGUCCCAAACCCAAGCAGAAAAUCCUAUUAAUUUGAGGGAAGUUUUAGGUGCUUUCUCAAUGAACAAUGUUACUAGAAUGUUGUUAGGAAAAAAAUAUUUUGGUUCUAAAACUGCUGGCCCACAAGAAGCUAUGGAGUUCAUGCACAUAACUCAUGAAUUAUUUUGGCUAUUAGGUGUGAUAUAUUUAGGUGACUACUUACCAAUGUGGAGGUGGUUUGAUCCUCAUGGGUGUGAAAAGAAAAUGAGGGAAGUAGAAAAAAGAGUGGAUGAUUUUCACUCCAAAAUUAUUGAAGAACAUAGAAAGACAAUGAAAACUAAGAAAGGGAUAGGUGAAGGUGAUGAAGAACCUGAUUUUGUGGAUAUUUUACUGUCUUUGCCAGGUGAAGAUGGAAAAGAGCAUAUGGAUGAUGUUGAGAUAAAAGCUUUGAUUCAAGAUAUGAUAGCUGCAGCAACAGACACUUCAGCUGUUACUAACGAAUGGGCGAUGGCAGAGGUAAUCAAACAUCCUCGUGUCCUUAAAAAAAUUCAAGAAGAGCUUGAUGCAGUGGUUGGCCCCAAUAGAAUGGUGAUGGAAUCUGAUUUGUCAAAUCUUAACUAUCUACGAUGUGUUGUACGUGAAACUUUUCGCAUGCAUCCAGCAGGCCCAUUCCUCAUUCCACAUGAAUCUAUUCGACCUACUAUUAUCAAUGACUACUAUAUUCCUGCCAAGACACGUGUUUUCAUUAACACCCAUGGGUUGGGUAGAAACACCAAGAUUUGGGACAAAGUGGAUGAGUUUAUGCCCGAGAGACACUUUUCCACUAAUGGGAGUCGAGUUGAGAUUAGUCAUGGACUUGACUUCAAGAUAUUGCCUUUUAGCGCUGGAAAACGCAAGUGUCCAGGUGCCCCACUUGGAGUUACUUUGGUUUUAAUGGCUUUGGCUCGACUAUUUCAUUGCUUUGAUUGGACCCCACCUAAAGGUUUGAAUCAUCAAGAUAUUGAUACUCAAGAAGUUUAUGGAAUGACUAUGCCCAAGGUUCAUCCGCUGAUUGCUGUUGCUAAACCACGAUUGGAAAAACAUAUGUAUGAUUGAUUUA